ACGACGGGUGGGGCCUGCGCGGCGGGCUGCUGCGGGCCUUGCGGGGUCAAGGUGCGUCGCCUCCCGGUCGGUGUCUCGAAAUUGAGAGCACUGCGGAAUCAUGUUCGUGGCGCGCAGCAUCGCGGCAGACCAUAAGGACCUCAUCCACGAUGUCUCCUUCGACUUCCACGGGCGGCGCAUGGCCACCUGCUCCAGCGACCAGAGCGUCAAGGUCUGGGAUAAAAGCGAAAGUGGAGAUUGGCAUUGUACAGCUAGCUGGAAGACGCACAGUGGAUCUGUGUGGCGUGUGACAUGGGCCCAUCCUGAAUUUGGACAGGUUUUGGCUUCCUGUUCUUUUGAUCGAACAGCCGCUGUGUGGGAAGAAAUAGUCGGAGAGUCGAAUGAUAAGCUGCGUGGACAGAGUCACUGGGUGAAGAGGACCACACUGGUGGAUAGCAGAACAUCUGUUACUGAUGUGAAGUUUGCUCCCAAGCACAUGGGUCUCAUGUUGGCCACCUGCUCAGCAGAUGGAAUAGUCCGGAUAUAUGAGGCACCUGAUGUCAUGAAUCUCAGCCAGUGGUCCCUACAGCAUGAGAUCUCUUGCAAACUGAGCUGCAGUUGCAUUUCUUGGAACCCUUCAAGCUCCCGUGCUCACGCGCCCAUGAUCGCUGUAGGAAGUGAUGACAGCAGCCCAAACGCCGUGGCCAAGGUUCAGAUUUUUGAAUACAAUGAAAACACCAGGAAAUAUGCAAAAGCUGAGACUCUGCUGACUGUCACCGACCCAGUGCAUGACAUUGCCUUUGCUCCAAACUUGGGACGGUCUUUCCACACGCUGGCAGUUGCAACCAAAGAUGUAAGAAUUUUCACGUUAAAACCUGUGAGGAAAGAACUCACUUCCUCAGGUGGGCCAACAAAAUUUGAAAUCCAUAUCGUGGCUCAGUUUGAUAACCACAACUCCCAGGUCUGGCGAGUGAGUUGGAACAUUACAGGAACUGUGCUGGCAUCUUCAGGAGAUGACGGCUGUGUCAGGUUGUGGAAAGCUAAUUACAUGGACAAUUGGAAGUGCACUGGGAUUCUGAAAGGUAAUGGGAGCCCAGUCAAUGGGAGUUCUCAGCAGGGAAACUCAAAUCCUUCCCUAGGUUCAAACGUUCCAAAUCUUCAAAGCUCAUUAAAUGGAUCUUCUGCUAGCAGGUUUGAAAUACGUGAAUUUGUAAGAUAAGAUUAUUAACUUGCCUUUGGAAUAAUUUGGAAGAGUUCAGGAAACUUCAGAAACAUCAUAAUUGUCCUGUGUUUAUUGUUACCCUAAGUGGAAAAAAAUUGUAUUUGAAGCUUCAACUGCUUUUAUACUGUUAUAUAUUUAUAAAGAUGUCUUGUUAUUUGAUUUUGAAGCUUUAAGUAUUUGGAUCCGUUAAAACAGUUUCAGGUUGCCAUACAGGAUGGCAGGUUAUACAGAUAAUUUCAAGAAGCAAAGAAUACUAGGGUUAGUUUUUUUAAAUGUGGCUUAGGGUGCUGCCUGUACUGCGUAUUUCCUUUUGUACAUAGCUGUGAUGUUUUGAUCUGUAUGUAUUCUUGCUGUGCCGAUGACCUCUGUGUUAGAUCUGUGAUGCAUUUUCCCUUCUCCGUUUGUGUUAUGUCCUUUAACAGAAAGCACAGCUGAGCACAAGCUAACUGGAUAACUCUGCUGUUUGCUGCUUGUUGCAUGCACACAGGAGUGGAGAGUGAGCUCCUCUCCCCUUCCCCAGCGCCUUUGACCUCUCCCGAGAUAACCAGCAGCCGCUCACUACCAAAGCGCAGUCCAAAAGGCCUUUAAAAAUACAGGGGAGACCUUUUUUUUGUACUAGUCAGUUUAUUGACACUAUUUGAAACUUUAAAUACAAACAGAGAGGCUUUUUGUGGAGAGACAGUCACCAAAACAAUUUUUUGAAAUGUUGCUGAAACUAACUUGGGUUUAAAAAUUAAAAGGAUCGUUGUUGUCUUUAUAAGUAGUUGGGAGGAGCUAAACUAUCAUUUUAUUCCAUUUGGAGGAUAGAAGUAUAUUUCUUUUGUUUUCUAAAACAAUAAGCCAAAAUGAUGAAUUUUUAUAAUUUUAAUUUGAAUAUCGAAUAAAUAUUUUUCAUAAAGA